GAAGGAAGGAAGGAAGGAAGGAAGGAAGGAAGGAAGGAAGGAAGGAAACCAGAGAACUCCCGACCAGAGCUACCCUUCAGAUAGGAACAGAUACCACUUUAGAUCAGCUGCAAUGGCCUCAGUCCGAGAAGUGUCUGGCAUUACUGAAGACUUGGUGUGCCCAGUGUGUCUCUCCAUCUUCCAGGAUCCUCGUAUGCUGGGUUGUGGCCACAACUUCUGCCUUUCCUGCUUAGAGAGCUGUGUCAUUCCCAAGGGACAGCAUCAUGGAACAUGUCCCGAGUGCCGAGAUCCCUUCAGUAUCCAAGAUGCUGUUCGCAACCGCGUCCUGGCCAAUUUGUCUGAGAAAGCCCGGCUUCUCAAGUUGGAGGAGGGAAGCCAGUCCGGUGUGGCUGGAAGCUGGCAUUUUUGUGAGGAUCAUGAGGAGCCCCUCAAACUCUUCUGCAGUCAGGAUGAGGCUCCUGUCUGUGUGAUCUGUCGGGAUCUGCCUCAGCAUCAGGGUCACAAUUUUUUGCCCAUCAAGAAUGCCGUAAACAGUUAUAAGGAGAAACUGAAGACAUCUCUGGAAACCCUGGAAGAAGGUGUGAAGCGGGCCACAAGUAAUCAGUCCCUCCAACAAGAAGCAAUGGAAGAACUUGAGAAUCUAACUGAAAAUUUGUGUGGCUUGAUCUUCAUUACAUUUGAAGAACUACGGGAAAUCCUGAAUGAGAGAGAGCAAAACAUGAUGGAUACAGUGAAACAGAUGAAGGAGGACAACCAAGCAGACAUGGAAAGAAUGCUGGAGUAUUUGAAAGACUACAAGUCAUCCCACAAUGAGACCAUUUCCAGCAUCUGGGCUCUACUGGAAGAAAGCAAUGAAUUUGUUUUCCUGAAGGAAAUCAAGGAACUGGUGAGAAGGAUACAGGAUCGUCUAAGUGAAGAGAAUCAAGACAGAGGAAGGGAAACAGGAAAAGGUGGCCAAGGGGUCAUGGAAGGUGAAGAGAGCAAGGAUCAACCUCAAGACACUAGUGAAAGCAAAGCAGAAGCUUCUGGAGAAGAAGCUACAAAUGCCAUGGAAGAUGUGGCUGGAGUGAUUGUACCUGUAGACCCAGCCCUUGGAGAGCUGGAAGAGUUGCUCAAUUUUGAGAGUUUGAAGGACAUGUUGAGAAGCAUUAGUAUUGGAGAGAUGUUUGCCCCAGCCUCUCCUUCUGAUUCGCCACCCUUAGGGGAAGACAGAAACAACUUUGAGGAAGCUGAAGAAAAAGAGAGAACAGUGGUGGAAGAUCUAAACAGUAUUGUAGAAGCCAGGACUUUGGCCCUGGGUGUAGGCUCCCUUAAUAUGCAGACACCUCCACCAAGCAGUGCUUCCAGUACAGUUCCAACCAUGGGAGAGGCCCUUUAUAAACCACCACAGCACUUUUCCACUUUCCCAGUGCCUCUCUUCCAACCAUUGCCUUUCUACAAUAAUAGUUCCAUGCGAGGAUGGGGGAAUGUACGUAACUGGACACCUCAUCUCAGAUGGUCUCAUGGCAGGGGAACCUCACAGAAGCAGCCACUUUAUUUCAGCUGGGGACAAGGCAGGGGAAACAGUCCAAACAGGCAGAGAUACCAACCUAGUGAAGGCAACUCUUCACUCCAAGGCAGCUGGAAAUCUCCAACAGGAGAGUCAAGCCAACCUGGAGGUGACCAUGGCUGGAGGCGAGGACAGGGUUGUUUCAAUAAACAGAGACCCCAGUCCAGUGGUGGUAACAUAUCUGGACAAAGUGAAGGAGGAUCCAUAAAGAAUGAAUCAGGCAAACCCAGUCAGUCUCAUGAAGCAGGGCAAGGAAGAAGCGAGUUUAAUGAACAGAGGUGCCAAUCUAGUGCAAGUAGCAGCUCAGGCCAAAGCAAAGGGCAACCUAUAAAGAAAGAGCCAUCCAAACCCAGAAGGGGUCACUCCCCUGGCAAAGGAGAUUCAGGACAAGGCCGAGGGUCUACAAAGAAAGGUGAUGGAGCCUCCUCAGAAAGUCAGGGGACUCAGAAGAACAGACCCCAGGCAUCCCAUCGUGGAGGUCGUGGGAGAGGUCGUGGCUCUGGUUCAGCAAAGAGUCCCCAGAACAAAUAGUCAUUUCCUUUCCCAUUUCCCUUGGAGCUGGGGGCACCAAAAUGACAUACCUAAGAAACAGAACAGAAGUAAGGAUGUAGCAAAAGACAGGGCCACAAUGAUGAGUUUUCCCCAGAUAAACUAAAACUGGAAAGUUUUAUGGAAAUUUUCCCAGUGCUCUAAAUAAUAUUAUCUGAUCUAGCAUGUGUGGUUUAACUGUUAUAUUCAAACACAUUUAGCACAUUUGAUUUGAAUGAUAUUUUCAGAACUUUAUUUUAUUGGAGCAUUUGUGAUAAGGUGUAGAGAACAGCAUCGGAAACAAUCACUACCCUGGCCACAUCUGUUUGGCCUCAACUCUUACAAGGAGUCUUACAUGUCAUCCUGUCCACAAGGCAAAGGCCUGAUUCAAGUGCAGACUGCCUUCACAUGGGAAGGCUAGUUCUGUGCUGAGUUUGGACCAUCCCUACCUUAAUCUAGUUUUUUAAAAAACAUCAGCAUUUGUUCUGGAUCUUCCAAGGAAAUUUAAAGUGAAGCCAAGCAGAUGUUUACACAGCAUCUUGCUAUGUUGCCUGCGAUCACCAGUUGCUCCCAUGAGUUGCUCCCUCUGAGGCCACAGAUGCACCUGCCCAUGCGGUCGAUUCAGGGCACCUUAUUUUCAACCUGAGGUAGUGACUCGCAUCAGUGGUCAGCACAAUGUGAUGCAUGUAUGGGCAGCUACCCAGCAUCCAGAGUGCCAAGAUGAUGGGGGGAAUCCAGGGCAGCUUUGGAGCCAAAAUCCUCCAGGAGCAGCGCAGAGUAUUUUGGCCAGUGUAGACCCACCCUCAAACUCAGGUACUGGGACCACAGUAUUUAAUCUGUUAAUCUAGUUGGUUGAAAUGCAUUAGAUUAAACCAAGGGUCAGGGAACGUGUGGUAGUCCAGAGGUUGUUGGACUAUAUCUCAUAAACCAGUACAGCCAUUGGUGAGGAAUAGAAGGAAAUCUGUUUUUCUGGAUUACAAUUGCCAGGCUCUUAAGUAGCAUAGGGCCACAAUAGUAACUUUUCCAAGAACUUCUGAGCUGCAGUCUGACACCAUUUGGAAAGCCACAUAAUCCUCAUCCCUGGAUUAAUCUGUUUAGAUUAAUGAGUGAAAAAACCAUUGUCUUGAAAACAGGCCCCAUUUAAUUGGGCAGUAGAGUGUUUUUUUAAGGAAGCAAUAUCUAUUGUAAGUAAACAACAAUAACAAAAUGUUGAGCGAUUGAUGUCAAGGUAGCUGCAUUUUUCAUCUCUCUCACUUUCUCUUAGAAAGAACUGUUUUUGAAAAGUGGCACUUGCUAUGAUGUGUGUGCAUCACCUAAAAGCAAAAUAUGGUUCCCCUUUCUGUUAAGUAGAAAUGCUCUGGUUUCAACUUUGUUUUAUCACAUAGUGAACGGAGCUAAAACAAAGCUGUUGACUAAAAAUAUGACUACAGAAGAGGGAAAUUUGCUAAUGGUUCUUAUUAACUUUAAAAUGGAAAUAAAUGGGAUUAAAUAUUUGGGAGUUAUCAUUAUGAAAAAUAACAGUUUACUGUUUCAAAUUAAUUAUGAAAAAGUCUGGAAAGAAAUUAAAAGAGAUUUUGAAAAAUUGAGAAAGUUAAACUUAUUUUUGUGGGAAGAAUCACAGUGCUAAAAGCCAAUGUGUUGCCAAGACUUUUAUUUUAUUUUCAAAAAAUCCUUAUCGUAAGAAAUGGAAUACUAUUUACACAAUGGCAGAAAGAAAUCUCAACAUGAAUGGAUUUUCAAAUUGCAGAAUUAGCCUAAAUUGCCAAAUUAACAUACCAAUUGAUUUUUUAUAGCUUAGAAACCAUGUAUGAACAUUUUGACUAAUAAGAUGAAUGAUGCAAUAAUUUGUGGUUAUUUGAAUUAACAACCCUACUAGGAUUUGUGGAGUUGAAGGCUUUCAUGGCUGGCAUCCAUAGUUUUUUGUGGGUUUUUCGGGCUACGUGGCCAUAUUCUGGAAGAGUUUAUUCCUGGCAUUUUGCCAGCAUCUGUGGCAUUCUCUGCA